UGUCAGCCGCCACUACCAGCGAAGCAACGCUUUGGGCUAUCUGGUGUAUGUGAGGUGGUGGUGAAAAUGUUGGGGGGCACCUUACGUGAGGCAGCUGCAGCUUUAAGACGUGGACAAGUGACCCCGACCGAGCUUUGUCAGAAGUGUCUUUCAUUCAUCAGAGAAACGUCAUUUCUGAAUGCUUACAUAACUGUAACGGAGGAGGCCGCCUUGAAGCAAGCAGCAGAAGCAGACAAAAGAUUCAGCAGAGGUCAGCCCCUGGGUCUCUUAGAUGGAAUCCCUGUUGCAGUAAAAGACAACUUUAGCACCAAAGGUGUUGAGACAACAUGUGCAUCAAGAAUGCUAAAAGGUUACAUCCCUCCGUAUAAUGCUACAGUUGUUCAGAAACUUUAUGAUCAAGGAGUUGUGCUUAUGGGAAAAACCAAUCUUGAUGAGUUCGCGAUGGGAUCUGGAAGUACCGACAGUAUAUUUGGGCCAGUCAAGAACCCAUGGAGUUACUCGAAGAGUUACCAAGAGAGGAGAGCCGUAGGUUGUGACAUUUCCGAUGAAGAAUCUGACUGGGUAAUAACCGGAGGCAGUUCUGGUGGAAGCGCUGCUGCUGUGUCAGCCGGGACCUGCUAUGUGGCGAUAGGAUCAGAUACCGGCGGUUCCACGCGAAACCCAGCUUGUCACUGUGGAGUUGUGGGCCUAAAGCCUACGUACGGGCUUGUGUCUCGCCAUGGUCUCAUACCUUUGGUAAACUCCAUGGAUGUGCCAGGAAUUAUAACCAGAUGUGUGGAUGACGCAGCAACUGUACUCGGUGUGCUCGCAGGGCAUGAUUCACAAGAUUCCACGACCGUCCAAGAUCCUUUUGAGCCAUUCAAAUUACCUGAAGAAAUAGAUAUGAGCAAGCUUUGCAUAGGAAUUCCAAAGGAAUACCACGCACCCGGGCUGUCCACAGAAAUAUUAUCCCUUUGGUCGAAGGCAGCUGACAUGUUCGAAGAUGCAGGAGCCAAAAUUGUUGAAGUUUCCCUACCUCACACCCCUUACUCGAUUGUUUGCUAUCAUGUCUUGUGCACAUCUGAAGUAGCAUCAAACAUGGCUCGGUUUGAUGGUCUGGAAUAUGGCCAUCGCUCGGAAGUAGAUGACUCUACAGAAGCUAUGUAUGCAGCAACAAGGCGGGAAGGUUUCAAUGAUGUUGUAAGAGGAAGGAUAUUAUCAGGAAACUUCUUUCUUCUAAAGCAGAACUAUGAACGCUAUUUCCUGAAGGCUCAAAAAGUGAGACGUCUGAUCGCUAAUGAUUUUGUGAAGGUUUUCGGUUCUGGUGUCCAUAUGUUGCUAACUCCCACUACUCUGGGAGAUGCAGCUAACUACUUGGAGUUUAUCCAAGAAGAUAACAGAACACGCAGUGCUCAGGAGGAUGUGUUUACUCAGUGUGCUAACAUGGCUGGUCUUCCAGCUAUAACUGUCCCUGCGAGUCUUUCUAGUAGAGGACUACCACUUGGCCUUCAGUUUAUUGGACAGUCUUUCUGUGAACAGCAGCUCCUCACAGUAGCCAAGUGGUUUGAGAAAAAAAUGGACUUUUCUUCCUUAGCUUUACCCAGAAAUAUAGAAAAAAGCAGUGUACCUUGGCAACAUAGUAAAUCAGUGUCUUCCUUAUAGGAAAAAGUAGUUUUGAACUUGCACAAAAAAAAAUGUUCCAUCUGCAUUUGUGCUUUUAUAUUAUACUGCCACAUGUUCAGCCCCGGUAUUUUUGUGUAUAUAUAUAUAUAUAUAUAAUAUAUAUUCUUUUUGGUAAAAACCCAAUUGGAAAAAUAAAUACAAUUAAUAAUGGCAUAAAAAUGUA